AUGGAGGAGGAGGAAAAGCCCCAAAUCCAGAGCUUGGAGCUGGUGGAGAAGCCUCAUGGCAGGGAGAAGCCACACAGGUGCUUGGAAUGUGGGAAAUGUUUCAGCUGGAGCUCCAGCCUGAGGCAGCACCAGGUGAUCCACCCUGGGGAGAGGCCCUUUGAGUGUGAGGAGUGUGGGAGGAGUUUCAGCCACAACUCCAUCCUGAUCCAACACCAGAGGAUCCACACUGGGGAAAAGCCCUUUGAGUGUGGGGAAUGUGGGAGGAGCUUCAGAGGAAGCUCAGCAUUGAUUCGGCACCAGGUCAUCCACACGGGGGAACGGCCUUACACCUGCUUGGAAUGUGGGAAGAGCUAUAGGUGGAACUCUGACCUGAGAAAACACCAGGGCACCCACACUGGGGAGAGGCCCUACGAGUGUCCUGAGUGUGGGAAGAGGUUUCACAGGAGCUCCGAUCUCCUCAAACAUGAGCGGAUUCACACAGAGGAGAGGCCCUUCCGCUGCCCCGACUGUGGGAAGGGCUUCAAGGAAAACGCCAAACUCACCAUCCACCGGCACAUCCACACUGGGGAGAGGCCCUACGAGUGUGGGGAGUGUGGGAUGAGCUUCUCACAGAGCUCUCACUUGACAGAACACCAACGGAGGCGCCACUAA